AUGGUGGAGGGGCAGCCAGAGAAGGGGUGUCAGACACGCAGGGGAGGGCGGGAGCACGUGGUCCUCACUCAGAGCCUGACCUCAGGCGACCCUCCCGGACCCCCAAGCACCGGGUGGGGCAGAGUCAAGGCCAAACCGGAGAGACAGACAGGGACCGACAGGGCGCGGGCCGCUGCGCGGAGCCCCCAUCCUGGGCUAUUUUUAGCCCCCGCGGACCCCGCUUCCAGGCGGGGAGGACUCGUCGCCCCUCCUCCAGCCCCGGAGGACCUCGCGCAGCCGGGCGUCCUGAGCUGCCGCGCCCUCCAUCCGUGCCCUGCGGAAACGGGGCAGCGCCGGGGUCCUCUGUGCGUCCCGCCCCCGGCCGUGACUCGGUUUCCCCGGGGACCCCGGGAGGCCCGACCGCCCUGCUCCCCGCUCCGCCCUCCCCGGCCUGAGCCCGACACCCGCACGUCGCCCAGCCGGGCUGUGCGACAGGGGCGACCCCAGCGCAGGCCACGGAUCGUCGUCUCCAGAGGAGGGGACACUGAGGCUUGGCACAGUUUACCGCCCCCCCCCCCCCAGCCUGGGACUCCGGCGAGCCGGUCAGAGGUCAGCGUAGCCCCUGCGGGAGUCUGGGUGAGCCUGGGCGCGGGGACAGAGGGCCUCGCAAGCCAUGGAGUCGGGGGAGAGGGGGAGAGACGUGUUGAGAGAUGGCUGGCUCGGCGGACAGGAGGGGGUGGGGGAGGAGAGCCAGGGACCGACCCACAGGCAGAGGAGGGGCCUGGCGCUUGGGAACCGGAGAUCGCAUUCCGCAGGGGGCUGGGCAUGGGAGGCCUGGUGCCUGAGGCUCUGGGGCAGCUGGAAGGAGCCGCCAGGCCUCACCCAGGUGGGCUGACGACGCCCCCGGGGCGGGCCGGCAGUCCUCCAGGGAGGAGCCAGGAGCUGAGACGGAAGUUCUGGACCCAGGACCCAGCCACGUUCCCAUCAAAGCUCUAGA